UCUACACACGGAGCUACUCAAAAUAAACUGAUUAGUGACGCAAGUUACUAAUGAGUCCGCAAUGAGUCACUUCCAAUGUGACUGAAUGGAACACCACACAGCGCUACUGAUCAGUAACGCGUUACCAACCCGUUAGUAAUAAGUUCCAGGCAACUCCGCGGCCAAGUCACUAGGGUCAGUAGGGACUGAAGUAGCUCAGUUUCUUGGUGACUUUCUUCAAGAUGUGCGAACAACAGCUGAAUCCGUUAUUUGUAGGAGAAGUUGAAAAACAUCCUGUUUUGUACAAUUUUACGCUUCCUGGAUAUUCUAAGAAAGAUGAAAGUGAAAAGACAUGGGAUGAAGUUGGAAAAAGAGUGAAUAUGACAGUGGCUCAAUGCAAAGAAAGAUGGAAAAACCUACGUGCUGUUUAUACUCGAAACAUGAAAUGCUCCAAAAGUGGUUCGGGAGCAAAGCCAAAGAAAGCGUACUACCUUUUAGAAGCUAUGCAGUUUUGUCUUCCAUAUAUUAAGGCAUUAGGUACGCCUUCAGGGAAUUUACCCCGUCCACCACAACAGGAAGAAAAUGAGCUAUUCGAAAAUAAUGACACUGGAAGUAUAGUAUUGCCAGAACCUCCUUUAUCGCAACAGGAGCUUCAAUCGCCGCCGCCACAGCCACUACCACUGCUCUCCACUCAAACUGCUGAAAUGUCUCAACAGUGGGAAACUCUGCCUGGACCUUCACCAUCACAUCAUAUACCGAAGAAGAAGCGUUUCGUGAACAAUGAAGCAGUUGACAAAGCGUUCAUCGAUUACUUUCAGGCCAAAAAAACCAAAACGUUGACCAAAACAGGCCUUGCCAACCAGGAUCCAAAAAGUGAGGGGCUGAAAAUGUUCCUUCUAAGCAUGCUGCCUGAUCUUCUGAAAAUGUCUGAUGAAGAGGUGCGACAUUUCAAGCGUAAGGCCCUAGAUAUUGUUGACAAGAUUUUGUCAACGCGCAUGACUGGCUCCUCUCAGAUCGCAUCUUCAUCCCAAACCACAACUUCAUCUGUGUCGGGAGUGUUGCUUUCACCAAAUCCUGCUCACGUGCCUGAUGAGGCACCGCAAUACACCCCACUCACGGUUCGAGUAGCUGGAGGAGAGAAUAAUAGCAGUCCAGCAGCAGAGUAUUAUGAAGCAGUUCAUGAAGCCUUGCAUAGUGACACAUACUAACGUUACACUAUAUGUAUAUACAAGGGGGGACCCAAAA